CGGAGGAUAUCGUUUCCUCAGGUUGAUCCUACAAAGAACAGAGGGAGACACAGACCAAUCAAGAAGAAAUGCUUGAAAAUGAUCCGAAUGUCAUCCCCCCUGGGCCUGUACACUGGUGGUGGAGGUCGGUGAAGGAUGGAUGCCUGAAGAGCCAGGAGAGUGGAGGUGGAGAAGGGGCGGAGGUUGUUGGAGCGCAGCUGGAAAGCGGAAGAUGCCAUGGAUGGAGGUCCUUAUCAGCUGGAGCUUGGUCGGUGAUUGGCCAGGACGUGCCGUGGUCCGGCAUUGAUAGGUCGAUGAUGAUGAGCGAGACGCACCGAUAGGAUGUUGCAGGCUACCGGCAGCCUCACAGCGGCGCGCGCGAGUCUUAACGGAGCUGGCAGACGGGCAGCUGGAGCAACAGAGCGGCAACCGAGGGGCGUUCUGACAGGAGCAGCUGGAGGAGAAAAACCUGCUCACCUUCUUCCCACCAGCCUCACCCACAUGUCGAGGACAUCACUGGAUAGCGUAGCCACUCCGCACGUCUUUUUGAACAUUUAAGUUUGUGUUCUUCGGAGCGAACCUGGAGGGGCGGGGGAGAGAGUUCAUCACUGGCCACGGCACCGCUGUCUAAGUGGGAAGUUUUGCUCCGGAGAUGUCUGGCUCGUUCUGCAAAACUUUGUACCCGUUCAGCGGGGAGCAGCACCAGCAGGGACUGAGUUUCGAGGCCGGAGAGAUUAUUAAGGUGACCCAGGCUCUACCCGGAGGAUGGUGGGAAGGGGAGAAGGAUGGAGCCAGGGGAUGGUUCCCCUCUAGUUAUGUGCAGGUUCUGGAGAGGACAGCGUCUCUGAGUCAGCUGCCUGUCGAGGACAUCAGAGAGCCUCUGCCUCCUCACUGGAAAUGCUACAUGUCUCCGCAAGGGAAAAAGUACUAUGUCAACACCGCAAACAAUGAGACCACAUGGGAGAGGCCGUCCAGCGUCCCCGGGACCCCCAAGAGCUCCAUCCGACACAAGAACUCUCUGCCAGCAGUGAAUGGAUUCCACUCAGGCGGUAGCCCCAUGCAUUACGGUGACCAUUCACACAACAGCCUGGUUAGGAAGAGCAGCACAGAGCCCCAGAGCCCGGGAUCAACAUCACCAACCAGGAAACAGAACAAGGAGACAACGGUUACAAUCAACUGUGUGACGUUUCCGUCUGCAAUCUUUACGGCCGAACAGCAGCUGCUGAAGCCCGACGAGUGGAGCUACUGUGACUACUUCUGGGCUGACAGGAAGGAUCCCCAGGGCAACGGUUGCAUCACUGGAUUCGAGGUUCUGUUGCAGAAACAACUCAAGGGUAAACAGAUGCAGAAAGAGAUGGCCGAGUUCAUACGAGAAAGGAUAAAGAUAGAAGAAGAGUACGCCAAGAAUCUCUCGAAGCUCUCGCAGAUCCCUCUAGCAAGCCAGGAAGAAGGGACUCUGGGAGAGGCAUGGGCCCAGCUGAAGAAGAGCCUGGCAGAUGAAGCUGAGGUUCAUCUGAAGUUCUCUUCAAAGCUCCAGAGCGAAGUGGAGAAACCUUUCCUGACGUUCAGAGAGAACUUCAAGAAGGACAUGAAGAGGUUCGACCACCACAUCGCCGACCUGCGGAAGCAGCUCGUCGGCCGUUACGCAGCCGUGGAGAAGGCUCGGAAAGCUCUGGCUGACAGACAGAAGGAGCUGGAGCUAAAGACCCAGCAGCUAGAGAGCAAGCUCACCAGCAAGACCGAGGAGGAGAUCAAGAAGGCUCGCAGGAAAUCCACACAAGCAGGGGAUGAUCUGAUGCGCUGCGUCGACCUGUAUAACCAGUCUCAGUCCAAGUGGUUUGAGGAGAUGGUCACCACCAGCCUGGAGCUGGAGAGACUGGAGGUGGAGCGGGUGGAGAUGAUCAGGCAGCACCUCUGUCAGUACACAACUCUACGCCACGAGACGGACAUGUUCAACCAAAGCACUAUGGAGCCGGUGGACAAGCUCCUGCAGUGUGUGGACCCCAUCAAGGACAGAGAGGUGUGGGUGCGGGAGAAUAAGACGGGGGAAAUCAGGCCUGUCGAUAUAGAGAUCUGAACUCCGGGGUUAGUGAGGACAGCUCCCUCCCUGAGGAUGUGCCUGGGAGCUCUGAGACGGGAUCUGUACCUCUUUUUUUCCCCCACUAAUUCACGCGUCACUGCAAGCAGACCGAGGACGAGCUCGCCGGACCUUCACCCGUCAGCUGAUCCUUCCCCGGGCCCCCGACGAAGACGACGUCCAUAUUUGAGCGAAAGGUUUCGAACAACGCCGAGGCAUUUAAGAUGCGGCGGCAGAGUUUUGUUUUUAAGUUACACUGAUUCUUUGAACGGAAAAAUAGCAACUGUGAGUGGGAAUUGUUUCCUAAAGGAUACUCAGGUGAGGUGAAAGAUGAAGUAGCACCAACCUGUACAUUUUGUAAAUGUUGAGAAGCCUUUAUGUCGCGCAACAGUGUAAUGCUAAUUCAUGAGAACUGCCAUGAUUUAACAGAUGCUGCUAAAACUAAAUGCAGUUAAGGCUAAGAGUUUUGCUAUGAUACUCCAAAGCCCAAUGAGGUUAUAAUUCAGUAAUAGUAACAUCUAUGUGACUUAGUGGAGCCGCGAUUUUUACUGUUGCUAUAACGUUCUGUUGAAGCUCGUGGGCUGUUAAAUUUCAACAAGUGAUAUAUUUACCAAAGUGGCUGAACCACCUAAUAAAGAAGGUGAUUAUCUGGUAAUUAUUUUGCAAAGGAUUCUUCAUAAAAUCAAGAAAAUUAUGGACAACCUUGAGCAUCCUCUUCAUGAGACUGUUGUACUACUACAAGAGAGAGGCUUCUGCAGAAUAGCUGUAAUACAGACUGCUACAGGAGAUCUUUCUUGCCCACAGCCAUCAGCAUCUACGAUCUCUUUGAAGAACCUUGGAUAAUAUGAGUAACAACAACAUUUGAUUUCCCUCUGGAAUUAUUAAUGUAUGAUUGAAAAUGAAUUGACCUCUAAAAUAAGAAAACAAAAAUUAAACAUGCCUCUUUUACUGAAAAAUAAUCACAAACGGGCUGGUAAAUAUAUUUCUGGGAGAAAAACUGUUGUAAUCUAUUAAAAAAAGCAGACCUGGCUAACGUAAAAGCUUGGAUUUGCCAACAAUAUGUUUACAGUUUGUUUAUAUGAAAAUGUGGUAAUAAAACUAAUAAAUUUACUCAAAAAAAAAAAAAACUACAUGGUUAAAGAUUAGCAAACAGUCAUUCGUAGAGAACAGAAAGGAGGAAAUAUUUUGUGGCACAAGCUAAUGCCGAUUAGCUGUUAAAAGGAUCCGCGACUAUUUGAACAUGUUGGCCUAAAUAUACUGUAAUUUUCCUGUUACCUAAAAUAAAUUGCUGUUUGUUAUGCUCCAAAAAUCACAAUUACUUCAAAAAUGUGCAUCUUUUCUUAAAUUUUUCACCCACGGAGGUAGCCAUUUUUUCACCGUUGUGUAGAUGACGUCAUCAGGUCCAUUCUGUACUGGAGUCUACAGUUAGCCACAGGAAGGCUAACUUUACCCGAGUAGUUGUUUGUCAUAUUACCUUUGACUGGUGCAAUUUUAGAUAAUGCCACACUGUGUCACUAUCGGCUGUGAUAAAAAAAUAAAAAUAAAAUAAAAUAAAAAUUGAAGCAAAUCUGGAUGAUUUCCCACGCGAUAGAAAGGAGAGCGCAACGCGAGAGCCGGUCAGGAUUUGUGUGAUCUAUAAAAUCAUAAAUUCUACGUCUAUGGUUACAGGAUCUACUGAUGAGUUUUCCUCCACGAAGGUUUACAGUCAGGAAGUUGCACUUUAGAGCUGGAAGAUUAAAGUCCA